AUGACGUCUGAGAAAGGAAGUAGAAUUCUUCUGACGACUCGACAAAAGGAAGUGGGUUUUCGUGGAAAGGACAACACUGAUCCUCUUAACCUUCGAUUGCUAAAACCAGAAGAAAGUUGGGAGUUAUUAGAGAAAAGGGCAUUUGGAAAAGAGAGUUUCCCUGUCGAAAUUUUAGAUGUUUGGAAAAGACAGUCUGUGUGGCUUGAAGGACGAAAUAAUUUGAAUUCCUUUAUUUUGAACAGUGAAGUUGAUGUGAUGAAGGUUAUAGAAUUAAGUUAUGACCAUUUACCUCAUCACAUGAAGCCAUGCUUUCUCUACCUUGCAUUUUUUCCAAAGGAGACUGCAUUGACUAGAGUUAUGUUGAAAAUGUCUUGGCGUACUGAACGGCUUGUUGAACUGACAGAGAUAAUGAGUUUGGAAGAAGUGAUGGAAAUUUAUUUGGAUAAUUUAAUUUCCAACAGCUUGGUAAUACAUUUCAAUGAGAUAGGUGAUGACCCGACUUGCCAACUACAUGAUCUUGUGCACAACUUUUGUUUGUUAAAAGCAAGAGUGGAAAAGUUGUUCAGCAAGAUAAGUUCAAGUGAUCCAUCUUUCUUUUCAGAUUUGAUGCCACGCAUAGUGAGCAUUGAUUAUGAUAAGGAGAACUUUGGGCCUAACACUUUCUUCCUGUUCAGUUCAAAAAAGAAAAGGCAUUCUGGUAAACACCUCUAUUCUUUGAAGAUAACUGGACACGAGAUGGUCAUGGCUCUUGCUAAGUGGGAUUUUGGAGAGGAAUCCUUUCCCAUGCUUGAGAAAUUGGAACUGUGGGGAUGUCGUAAGCUUGAGGAGAUUCCGCCUAGUUUCGGCAAUAUUUGUUCAUUGAAAAUUAUCAAACUUGUAAAGAUCCCUCAACUUGAAGAUUCGGCUAAGAAGAUAAAACAAUACAUUGAAGAUAUGGGAGGGGGCGAGUUUCAGAGGAAAAAGCUAUGUUGGAAUAUAGUUGGUGUUGCAGUUAGCUCUACAAGAAGAGAUAAUUUAGCUGUCAUGCUUGCUCUCCGAUUGCUGUUAAACAACAGACAAGAAGCUGAUUAUAAAUCUAAUGCAGGAUGGUUUGGACAGAGCUGA